UUACGGUAACAGUCAUGAACUCAGUUUAAAGGAAACGAAACCUAUGAGCUUCUAUGUGAGUGUGUGUGUGAGUGUGUGUGAGUGAGAGAGAGUGAGUGUGUGUCGAGUUCACUGCUUCGCACGAAGGACUUUUAUUUCCUCUUCAAUCCUGCUGGAGCAUCUCCUACGUUUCUUGUGAUGGCAGAAAUGACUGAGUCCGUGGCUCUGCUGAGCCUGGAAGAUGAUCUGACCUGCAGCAUCUGCUUGUGUCCGUUCGAGGAGCCGGUGAGUCUGAAUUGUGGUCACAGCUUCUGCUGCGCGUGUCUGCAGGAGACCUGGAGCACCGCGAGCUCCUACAGCUGCCCUCACUGCCGCACUCACUACUUCACCAAGCCGGACCUGAAGAAGAACACGGUGCUCAGCGCCGUCGUCGAAACCUUCAAGGCCAAAUCCAGUGCCGGAGCAGACACGGGGUCAGACGGUGCUCCUGGUGCGGCUCGUUCUGCACGCCACGAGCCCAAACCCAUCAUGUGCGACCUGUGUGGCGAGGCCAAGGCGGUGAAAACGUGUCUGACCUGCAUCACGUCGUUCUGCGCCGAGCACGUUCGGCCUCACCAGGAGAACCCUCUGUUCCGCGCCCACGAUCUGUGCGAGCCGCUUACGGACCUCGCGGAUCGGCUGUGUUCUGAGCACGGGAAGCUGAUGGAGUUCUACUGCGCACGUCACGAGAAGAGCAUCUGCAGCAGCUGUUUGCAGCAGAGUCACAAGGAGUGCGGGUUCUCCACUCCCAACGAGCAGCGCAUGAAGAUAGAGACUGACCUGCGGGACAAACUGAACAUCCUGGACACAAAAAUGGAAAAGAACCAGCUGGUCAUAACGCAGAUGAGAGAGCAGCAGGCUAAGCUCAAGGAAAUGGCAGUGGAGCGUAAGCGCAUUCUGGAGACGGAGUAUCGGCAGAUCCGGGAGAUGCUGCUGAAAGACGAGAAAGAAGCCAUGGACACUCUGGAUAAAGAUCUGGACAGUGGCAACAGCAAGCUCAACACCCUCAUUAAGAAGUUCAGCCAGAACAUCGAUAAGAUGAGCUCCACCAAAGCUGAGAUCAACAACCUGCUGGCCAAUUCACAGUCUCAGGCCUUCUUACAGGCGUCCGUGGAGAUGCCCUCAGUGCUGAACUUUGACCCCUACUCCCCACGGAUCAACCUCGACUCCAAGCGCCUCAUCGCGUACCACUCCUGCAUCGUCUCUCUUAAAGAGCAGGUUAAUAAAAUCCUGCGUGAGCCCGUGGAGAACAGGAUUUCUCUUCUCAGACCAGAUUUGGCAAAGCAGAUUCCUGAUGAAGGUGCUGCUGAAGCUUCGGGUAAUUUACCGACUAUGAAGGAACCUGGUGAAGGCUCUGGAACUCCGAACUUUGGAUCACAGCCCAGAGGUGGUCCUGUAGGAGCAGUAAGGAAACCUCGAACCAGCGACUUAAAGGAGAAUAAAGGUCACAAAGAACACAAAAAUACCAAAGAUCAAAGAGAUCAAAGAGAACACAAAGAUCGCAAAGAUCAAAGAGAACACAAAGAUCGCAAAGAUCCUAAAUCAGAAAGAGGUAAAAAAGGUCCAGGUAAAGGAAUGAACUUGGCCAUGUCCAAGAGCCUGGAAAACCUGCAUGAUUUGAAUAGAAAAGCUUUUGUUCCGGUUCCAGCUGAAGUGAGUCCAAGAACCAUCGGCAUUGCUUCAAGAGGAGAACUGCUGAAGUAUGCCACCAUGCUCACUUUUGACAUCACCACGGCUCAUAAACGAGUGGCACUCUCCGACAACAACACCAAAGCGUCCGUAUCGGACGAGCCGUCCCUGUACUCCGACAUCCCUCCUCGCUUCGCCGUGUGCUCACAGGUGCUCUGCAAUCAGGGUUUUUCUCAUGGCCGCUAUUACUGGGAGUUAAAGAUGAGCAGCAGUAACUUCUGUGGUUUGGGUCUGGCGUACGCGUCUAUCGAUCGUAAAGGUCCCUCCAGCCGUCUGGGCCGCAACGCUCAGUCGUGGUGCAUCGAGUGGUUCAACGUCAAGCUCUCUGCCUGGCACAACAGCAGCGAGACGGUGCUGGCCAACCCGAACCCGAGCCGCGUCGGCGUCCUGCUCGACUGCGAUAACGGCACCGCUACCUUCUACAACGUGCAGGACCGAGCGUUCCCCUUCCACACCUUCGUCUUUCCUUUCAUCGAGCCCGUGUAUCCAGCAUUUUGGAUCUUCUCCAGCGGCUCUUCCAUUACGCUUUGCAAUUCGAAAAAUUAACGCUGUGAUUAUAGUCGUGUUGUGUGCAGGUGACGAUAGCGUUAAAAAUCGAUUAGAGUCUGAGAUAAUCGAGAGUUGGGCUCUAAAAUUGCUUCUAGAAUAUAAAAAGAUUUACUUAUUGUAACAGUUAACAGUUCAGUGUUUGUGGUGAUUAUUGGGUGACUGAUGGUUUUGUUAAUUCUGGUUGUUUAAUAUUGUUGUAAACUCGCACGGUGACUGGAUUUUCUUCACACCGAGCUGAGAAGAGCAGAUCAGGAUCGUUUCACACUUUCUUCCAUGUACGUCCUGAGAAUUCUACACAUUUUAGAGAAGCAUCAAAGCUUGAACAUUUCCUCCCUCAGUACAAUAGCUGGCUUAUGGCCCACACUUUACUCCCUAUUAGAAGUUCAGUUAGUUCCUGUUUACUGCACAUAGUUCCUGUUUACUGCACAUAGUUCCUGUUUACUGCACAUAGUUCCUGUUUACUGCACAUAGUUCCUGUUUCCCUCCAAAUAUGGAAGAAAAUCUUUAAACUAGUUUCAUUCUGUCCUCUGAUAUAAAACCUCAUUUUGUGCAGCUGAGACGGAUGUAGCAGAGAUCACUGUUGCGGCCGGUGAAAGUACUUAGCUAGUAAUGUUAGCAUACUUUGCUAAUCUACUCUGAGAACAAAGCCAGUACGCAGCGCAGCACGUGUCGUUUCUCUACUAAUUAAGAUUGAAGCUGUAAAUAUAUCAGAAAUGCUGCAUGGCCACGCCCACAAAAGAUUUCAGGGUCUUUUCACUAACUAGAGUAAGGUAAGAAUCUAAAGCUUUCAUAAUCCAGGAAGUUUGGAAAUCUGCUCUUCUGUGAAUAAGAUAUUUAAAGCUACUGGUUUGUAGCAACAUUUAUUCUUGUUUGUUCUUCAUCAGCAGCUGAUCAGCCCGUGUUUGUUCAGUGAGGGUUCACUUGUGUGCGUCACAUCACAAACAGGUUUUAUUGCCAGUAGACACUUCAGAGCAGGGCGAAGUCCACAGCUUAUCUGUCUCCACGGUGGUGAUCGUGAAAAAUCUGUAUGUGUGUGUACAAAUCUUACGUGGCGUGUCCACAGUUCACAGUUCUCCAGUGUGAAAGUUGACGUGCAAGUGGAGUGGGGGGGCAUGUCUGCAUUUUAUUGCUUUGAGUGUAGGGGUGCCAUUAUUAAUUCACCACCACAUCCUUUAAAUCAGGAGUGAUGUGGGAUUUAAAAUGGAGCACAAACAGGCAUUUUCUAAAGAUCUGUUCUACUUACUGUAUUUCAGCAUACGGUAACAAAUGUCGUCAUUCCUUCCAUCCUUCAUUCAUUCCAUCCCUAAAAUUCUUGAAGCCGGACAUAAAACUCGCUAAAUGCGCGGCUAAUUCUAAUGCUAGCGCAAUGGAUUCUUUAGCGUUUAGCGCGCAUGUGCAAAACAAAUCGUAUUUCCAGUACUGAGUGAGUAGCCACGGUGACACUGCGCUAACUCUAGUGUUUGUGUUGUUAUUGUUGUGUGUGUUUAAAUAUUUAAAAAAAUGUGCUCAAAGUGUGAGGCGGAGACUAAACGAACUUGUGGUCCGCCACUUAUUACGUUCCUGAGGGAACACGGAUUGUAACUAUGUUCUGCACACGUGCGUACCGAACCGAAAGCUCUGCUCAGAAAAAUUUCAGUUCACCCCUAUUAUAUAUGUACAUAUCUUCAGGAAGUUUGGGGUCUAAUUAUGUGGCUCCUAAUUGGACAGUUAGAAAUGUUCAGACUGGAGAGGGAACAGUAUUUUUUAGCUCUUCUCACUCUUCCAACGGGCUUUCAACAUACUUGAUCUCAGCUUCGGAGUGUGAAUAUGGUCACGAUUUGAAAAUAUGCGAAAAUAUCGUUUCAGUUCAUAUCACAGAAACGUGUCAGGUUCUUAUUGUCUUAUUGUCCAAUCAACGUUUCUAAGAGUGGAACACAGGAAAACACUGUGUUCUACAGGAUACAGAAAUGUCUGGUGUGUGAUUAGAAGUGAACCAUUGUGGAUCAAGAGAUCUUCACAGGUGUUUCAUCACAUUCAGGCAUGUUCAGGAUCUGACUCGGGCUUGUGAGAUGUUGAGAUUCAGAGCAUUGAUCGUCUGUUUAUGUCUGAAAUAUCAGGAUCUAUGAAGAGGGCCGUAUGAACCCAUUCCUGGGUGAUGACGGUAUGAAUUUUGCCCUCAUACUCACCUGGGUCUGACCAAGAGCUCCAAUCAGACGGCUGAUAAUUCCAUUUAGGACAGUCGAUGAUUUGUGAGCUGUAAAUACCAGUGAGCUUUUUAUCUUUGAUCCAGGAUCAGCUCCAAACAUAUAGGAGAAACCGGAGAACUGAUCUCAGAUCAGAGAAAAAGGAUUUCGUCUGCAGAUGCUGAUCAGAAGCAGAAGUCAAAAAGAGCUGAUUUAUGAACGUGGGGUUUGGUGGUUCAUGAACUUGUUAUUGAAUUAAUGCUUUCACAGUUUAAUCUUUACUCUAUGCUGGUGAGGUAUGCUGGUGAGGUAGAACAAAACUAAGUGCACCCCUGAGUUACUCUCGUCCCCCAUUAACUCCUUGUGUAACUUUGAUGAUCUGAGAAUGUUACAUUUUUUACCCUAGGAAAAUGUGAGGGUUUAUUUUUAGCCUUUGUGUUGAUGAAAAAUGUGAUGUUCUCAGAUCUUCGCCAAAAUCACACCAUAUGUUAGGGAGGUCUAGAGUCACACGGGUGGUAGUUUUGUCCUGCCAUCUAUCUAACUAUCUACACCACACUAUACUGUAGAGUAUUAUGGUAUAGAAUGAUUUUAGUGUGUUAAAUUUGGAGUAUAAGAGGACCAAAGACUGUCAUGUUUGACUGUCUGAAAGCAUAGUGUGGAUUUGGUGAAGAUCUGAGAAUGUCACCUUUUUCAGUUAUUAAAUAGGUGUGUUUUGGGUGAAAAAUGUGAGGUUUUCAGAUCUUCAACAAAUUUACACUGCACUUUCAGACAAUGAAGUCUAACCCAGGGGUCCAGUUUGUGCCAAAGUUGAUCCAGGAUCAGUUCCAAACAUAUUUAGCAAUAAAGAAAAAGCUGAGGAAAAAGCAUCUGGUCUACUGAUGCUAAUCAGAAGCAGAACUUUGGUGAAAAGCUGAUUAAUAAACAUGGGGUCGGUGUUUCAUGCGUUUGAUAUUUAAUAGGAAGGUGAAUGGGGUUUCCAUGGUAUCAUAGUUUAACCUUUAACCUGGUGAGGUUUAUUAUCUGUUUUGUAAUUAAUUCAUGUGCAGUGUGGAUUUGAUUCUUUGAAGCUUUAUUUGUGUGUCGUUGUUUUUUUCCUGGUUGAAGUGAUUCAGUGAUUUAGGACACACUGUUUUAUUAAAUCAGGAAAUCAUUACGCUGUACAGUCUGUACUCUGUGUGACUCUGUAAUGAACUUCAUUAAACAUGACUGCGAUUACUGAG